UAGCUCCACCUCCGCACUGGCCUCAGUCCCUGGCAAUUCCCUGUGUCUCUAGUGUGUCCGGAUACAGACGAGGCCGGGUGGGGUCCCGUUGAGCCCCGUUUACAUGAAUCCGAGCGUCGCCCAGGUAUGGAUUAUGCCGGACCCUUGUCAACCGCUUUCUCCCGCGAGCAGUUAUGAUGCUCCUGACCAGGAAGCCUGAGGGCCCCAUAACAGCAGUGCGAUACGGUGAUGGCUUGUAUGAUUCCUACAUGAGGCUCGAUCAGGCGGCAGCACAGGAUGCUGCAGUGGAAAAAGAGAGUCCCUCCUCACUGCCAUCCAUCGGGAGACUUACUAUAAGUGGAACUAAAUUUGCAAUGAAAGAUCCCCAGCAAGUCAAAGUCCAACAGUUGUUUGAGGAUACUGGCAACCGCAGGUUGGGUGUAGGAAUCCCAGGAUCAGACAGUACAUUUCCUGUACUGACAAAAGAGAAGAGCUCGGACAGCUCAGGGACCUCGAAAUCCAGCGACAGUUCCACAAAGUCAUCAAAGUCCACUUAUCUGGGUCCUGAACAAGCAGUGAAGCAAUACAAGCACCAGCUGUCAGGAUAUGAGCUGCAGGAAAUCACCAGUUUCCCUGAGAUCUAUUUUGUGGGUCCAAAUGCAAAAAAGAGACAAGGAGUUGUUGGGGGCCCUAAUAAUGGAGGAUAUGAUGAUGACCAAGGGGGAUAUAUCCUGGUGCCCCAUGACCAGCUAGCUUACAGAUAUGAGGUGCUUAAAGUCAUUGGGAAGGGCAGCUUUGGGCAAGUGGCAAAAGUUUAUGACCAUAAACUCCACCAACAUGUGGCUCUUAAGAUGGUCCGCAACGAAAAGAGGUUCCAUCGGCAGGCAGCAGAAGAGAUCCGCAUCUUGGAUCACCUGAAGAAGCAGGACAAAACAGGGAGCAUGAAUGUGAUACACAUGCUGGAAAGUUUUACCUUCCGUAACCACAUCUGUAUGACUUUUGAGCUGCUGAGCAUGAAUUUGUAUGAGCUAAUUAAGAGGAACAAAUUCCAAGGCUUCAGUCUCCAAUUGGUUCGAAAGUUUGCCCAUUCCAUCUUACAGUGCUUAGACUCAUUGCACAGAAACAGGAUCAUCCACUGUGACCUUAAGCCUGAAAAUAUUCUUCUCAAACAACAAGGCCGGAGUGGAAUUAAGGUUAUAGACUUUGGGUCUAGUUGCUUUGAACACCAGAGAGUCUACACAUAUAUACAGUCUCGCUUCUAUCGGGCACCUGAAGUAAUUCUCGGAAGUCGUUAUGGGAUGCCUAUAGACAUGUGGAGUUUUGGCUGCAUUCUAGCUGAGCUUUUAACUGGCUACCCACUGUUCCCAGGAGAGGAUGAGGGAGACCAGUUGGCAUGCAUGAUGGAACUCCUUGGAGCUCCUCCACCAAAGCUUCUAGAGCAAGCCAAGCGAGCCAAGAACUUUGUUAAUUCCAAGGGCUAUCCCCGUUAUUGUACAGUUACCACGCUUCCCAACGGAACAACAGUGCUUAAUGGGAGCAGGUCACGCAGGGGCAAGAUGCGUGGUGCUCCUGGCAGCAAAGACUGGGUGACAGCCUUGAAGGGCUGUGAAGAUGCUCUUUUCAUUGACUUCUUAAAGGGUUGCCUAAACUGGGACCCGACUGCACGAAUGACACCCAGCCAGGCCUUGCGACAUCAGUGGAUCUGCAAGCGGAUACCUAAACCCCCAGUAACAGAUAGGGCUUCAGGAAAAAGAGUUGCCAGCCAUACCAGCUCCUUCCCAGGAAUCGGCUCCAAGCUGCCACCUGUUACAGGUGUAGCAAACAAGUUGCGAACCAAUUUAAUGAACGAUUCAAAUGGGAGCAUACCACUACGGACAGUCUUGCCCAAGCUGGUCAGCUAAUCCCAGGCUUGUACCGAGCACAGUCAAGAAAAA